GAUAGAUUAAAACAUUCCUCCCCCCACCGCGUGGCAAUUUCCAGCCCACAGGCCCCGCUCAGCUCAUCUUGUGACCCAGCGCGCGCUGAACUUGGCGAGGUGGCCCUGCAGAGUUCACUCGGAUGUCAUGGUCCGGCCUGCAUGGGUCACAGGCGGGUCAGACCGGAGAAUUGGGCCUGGGCCCCAGGUCACGCCCCCGCUCGCUAGCUUUGCUCACCGGCCGGAGGCACUGUCCAGAAAGGGGUGGCCCGAGAGAUUUCAGAGAAUUACCUCUAGCACUUCUGGCUCCGGUUUCUGCCGGAGCCCAGAAGUUGGCUGGUACAGUUAACAGUCGCCAGAUCGUUAGAAGAAAUGCCUGUGGGAGAGACUCUUUGCUAGAGCCUCUGAAACGCCAAGUAGGACUAUAGGGAAACGUUGACUCUCCGAAACGCCCUGUGGCGACCCGGGCUUGGAGUGUUACGGAGUCUGUGCGGGCCCUAGGACUCCGCAGACAUCUCCCAAUACCACUAGCUUUGAGGACCACUGCAGGUGGAUCAUGUACUUAACAGCUCUCAAGAUCAAAGAAUUUUCCACCUCCAAGGUGUGCGGGAGGGCUCCUGUAAGAGCCAGUAUUCAGUUUUGAACAAACGUACAUUAUUAUGUUUCGUCUUCGGCACCGCUGGUGCGUUCUGCGCUCAAACCAAGGCAGCGAGUGGCCCUGCCUGGUCUGAGGCGGAAUGGCUCGGCCAGGUGGGAAGCCGGGAUCCCACGUGCGCUUCCCGCAGUGCCGGAUCUCCAGGCAUUGGCUGCAGUAGCAGCUGACUUGUAGUUGGGCAAAGGCCAGCAGGUCCCCUUCCCAGUACGGAUCCCGACACUCCCAUUAGCGGUCCUCAGAGGCCUGGGUCUAGGACCGAUCACCCCCUCUCCCCCGGGGGGCUUUACGCUGGGUGGAAGCCGGAAGAGAGGAGGAAGACUCCAGUGCCUUGAGUUCAGGUCACUCUGGUAAUGAAAUCUAGCGUGCCUGGAGCUGGGAGGAGUAUUUGCCACCAAAAACCCCUUUUGGAAACUCACAACUAUCCCGAGGUAUAAACAGGUCGGGAAUGAUGGCCUCCAAAUUAAGGAGGAGGAAACAGGCGCAAGGAUGUGUGGUGACUUGCCCAAGGUGAUGCAAGUAGAGAUGGAGCCCGGAUUCGGAGCCCAGACCUCCAGGCUUUCCUGUUUCUCUCUCGGUCUCUGCCAGGGCUAAGGACCUCAACACCUCUGCCUAUCUGGGGCUGUAUGCCCCAGGGUACUCGGAAUCCUGGCGGCUGUGGCCACAUGGCAGAGCGCUGGUUGCGGAGCCGCGGAGGAAUUGCUCCCGAAGUCCUCCAGUGGGACGUCAGAGGUGGGGCUGACUAGUGCAGGUUUGCACCUGGAGUCCUGAGAGACCUGGGGGCUCUAUUGUACCCUUAUGUAGGACUUUCGAAGGCUUCAUGAGUGCUGGACCACUUGAGGGAUUUGGGGAACUGAGAUCCAUGAUCCUCCAGUCCUGCCUGACUCCCCGAGGCUCUCCCUUGUGUCCUGGCCGCGGGCUCUUCUGCGGGAUCCUCGAACGAGUCGGGAGGCCUGCGUUUUGUUCUGCGUUCAGGCAGGAUCUCAGUUUCCCACCUGUGGGACAAGGCAGCUGGACGAUCCCUGAACGCACUUCCCUUCGCUUCCCCAGCAGGUGAAAGGGAUCCCACGCGGCGCCUGUAAAUGGAAAACCAGUGAAGGCAGCUCUGGGCUGGAACCGCCCGUCGGACCCCGCGGGAGGGAUUCCAAAGAGACCGCCAGGAAGCCCGAGGCUUGGCGUUCCCGCUCCCUAGAGCUAGGGUUGGCUUCUGCCGCCACCUCAAAGCUCCGCACACCUUGGAUGGGGGAGGCAGGCUGCUCCUAGCUCCGCGCCUCAGGAGGCGCGCUCCGAGGGAAGCCGCCACCGCGCCGCCUCUGCCUCGGUGUGGAACAAACGGUUAAAGAUUUUGGGCAGCGCCUCGCGGGGGGAGGAGCCAGAGACCCAAUCCGCAAUUAAAGAUGAACUUUGGGUGAACUAAUUUGUCUGACCAAGAGAAGGAAGUUCCUGCAGAUGAAGCGCAGGAAAUACGGCUUCAUCUACAAGACGCAUCUGUUCGGGCGGCCCACGGUGCGGGUGAUGGGCGCCGACAACGUGCGGCGCAUCUUGCUCGGGGAGCACCGACUGGUGUCUGUUCACUGGCCCGCGUCGGUACGCACCGUCCUGGGCUCCGGCUGCCUUUCUAAUCUGCACGACUCCUCGCACAAGCAGCGCAAGAAGGUGAUUAUGCGGGCCUUCAGCCGUGAAGCGCUCCAGUGCUACGUGCCUGUGAUCGCGGAGGAAGUGGGCAACUGCCUGGAGCAGUGGCUGAGCUGCGGCGAACGCGGCCUCCUGGUCUACCCCCAGGUGAAGCGCCUUAUGUUCCGCAUCGCCAUGCGCAUCCUGCUGGGCUGCGAGCCCCGGCUAACUAGCGGCGGGGACGCGGAGCAGCAGCUGGUGGAGGCCUUCGAAGAAAUGACUCGCAAUCUCUUCUCGUUGCCCAUCGACGUGCCCUUUAGCGGGUUAUACCGGGGCAUGAAGGCGCGGAACCUCAUCCACGCGCGCAUCGAGGAGAACAUUCGCGCCAAGAUCUGCGGGCUGCAGGCGGCGGAGGCGGGCGGGGGCUACAAAGAUGCGCUUCAGCUGUUGAUCGAACACUCGUGGGAGAGGGGAGAGAGGCUGGAUAUGCAGGCACUAAAGCAAUCUUCAACCGAACUCCUCUUUGGGGGACAUGAAACCACGGCCAGUGCAGCCACAUCUCUGAUCACUUACCUGGGGCUCUACCCACAUGUUCUCCAGAAAGUGCGAGAGGAGCUGAAGAAUAAGGGUUUACUUUGCAAGAGCAAUCAAGACAACAAGUUGGACAUGGAAAUUUUGGAACAGCUUAAAUACAUUGGGUGUGUUAUUAAAGAGACCCUUCGGCUGAAUCCCCCAGUUCCAGGAGGGUUUCGGGUUGCCCUUAAGACUUUUGAAUUAAAUGGAUACCAGAUUCCCAAGGGCUGGAAUGUUAUCUACAGUAUCUGUGAUACUCACGAUGUGGCAGACAUCUUCACCAACAAGGAGGAAUUUAAUCCUGACCGAUUUAUGCUACCGCACCCUGAGGACGCAUCCAGGUUUAGCUUCAUUCCAUUUGGAGGAGGCCUUAGGAGCUGUGUAGGGAAAGAGUUUGCAAAAAUUCUUCUCAAAAUAUUUACAGUGGAGCUGGCCAGGCAUUGUGACUGGCGGCUUCUAAAUGGACCUCCUACAAUGAAAACCAGCCCCACCGUGUACCCUGUGGAUGAUCUCCCAGCAAGGUUCACCCGUUUCCAGGGGGAAACCUGAUGGGCAUACAUGCCUCGACUUUGGACUUAUUGCAAAUGUACAUAUGAGUUUUUACAUAGUGUCGUGUUGAUUUUAUUAUAUUUAAUUUCUAAAUGUAUAUUAUAAUAUUUAUGUGCCUCUACUACAGUACCACAGUCUUUAAAUAUUAAAAUAAUAAAUUUUGUAUAGUUUCCAAAUAAAGUAAAAUUGGAAGGUGCUUGUCUUGCAUUUAAGAUUCCUGUGGGGGGAAACUCGCCGGUUUAAUAUAUGUACUUAAUGUAUUUAACCAGAUUUCUAAAUGUCUACAUAUAGGACUUUAUUUGUCAUCUGUGCGUAUAUACUUUCUGUGAGGAAGAGGCUCUAGCUAGCUGUUUUUUUUUCUCUUAACAGUUAUCAGAAAAUAUAUAUUAUAUCUGGACGUGUGUUAGUCCAAAGGUAACUUUGUAAGUUUUUCUAUGGUAAUUUAGAUUCCCACUUGGAAAAUUGAUCAAAGUUAAUUUUAGAUUUUUUGGGGUUCACUUUACUUUAGGAAAAGAUGACUUUGAAAAGGUAACACGUUGAGCACUAUCAUAUUCUAA